AUGGGUUUAUCCUUUCCUUUCAUCAUCUUGAUCGUGCCCUUUCUUGUUUCAUUGAUGAUGUUUUAUCUUAUGCUUGUUGCCUCUUCUUCUGGUGUGCAGCCCCUAUGCCAUGAUGAUCAGAGAUUUGCCUUGUUGCAAUUCAAGGAAGGCUUCAUCAUCAAUCAGUCCGCGUCCAAAGAUGCCUCUGCUUAUCCGAAGGUUUUGUCAUGGAAGCCUGAUCAAAUCAGUGAUUGCUGCAAGUGGGACGGUGUAGAGUGCAAUAAGGACACUGGUCAUGUCAUCGCCCUCGAUCUCAGUAGCAGUUGUCUCAAAGGUUUUCUCAACUCCAAUAGCAGCCUCUUCCGCCUUGCUCACCUCCAAAAACUCAAUUUGGCCGACAAUGACUUUAACUCUUCUCCAGUUUCGGCUAGUUUGAGGCAUCUUUCAAGGCUAACAAAUCUCAACCUCUCUCACUCUAUAUUUUCUGGCCAAAUCCCAUCAGAAAUUUUCGAGCUCUCCAAGUUAGUUUUCUUGGAUCUCUCAUAUAACCAUCCAUUGUUGAAGCUCCAAAAAUCUGGCCCAAGAGUUAUAGCUCAAAACUUCACAAACUUGGAAGUACUACAUCUUGAUCAGGUUGUUAUAUCAUCCAACGUACCCAAUAUCUUGGCAAACUUAACUUCUUUAACAUCUCUAUCUUUAAGCGAUUGUGACUUGCAUGGUGAAUUUCCCGUGGGAAUUUUCCGUCUACCUAAUCUUCAGCAUCUUGAUAUACAGUACAAUGAAAACCUCACGGGAUGUGUCCCAGAAUUUAAUAGAACUAGCCCCCUUGUAUCAUUGAAACUUGGAUACACGAACUUCUAUGGUGAGCUACCAGAUUCAAUUGGUAACCUCAAGUCCUUGGUUGAAUUUAAUGCAUAUUUUUGCAACUUCUCAGGUGAAAUACCAUCUUCACUAGGUAACCUUACCAAUCUAAUUGGUUUACGACUUCAAUCAAAUAGGCUGCAAGGUUCAAUUCCACAGUCAAUAUCAAGGCUUGUAAAUCUUGAAGUUCUGUAUCUCCAUGAUAACGAUUUGAGUGGCACGGUGGAGUUUGAGUUGUUUCUGAGACUCAGGAACCUCCUUCGUCUCUAG